UUUUACUUAAGGAUUUGGAUGUGUGCAUUGUCCUUGUGAAGGAAAACACCUGAAAUGACGCAAACAACAGUCACAUCACCAGAUACCAGCACCGAUGGAUACACAGAUUAUUACACUGCAGAUUAUGACAAUUACUAUGAAGAUGAGAUGUGCAUGGUGACAAGUACCACCGAAUUUGGGUCAAUCUUCAAUCCAGUGUUCUUCUCCAUCGUGGUGAUCCUCAGUCUGUUCGGUAACAUCCUGGUCAUUGUGAUUCUGGUCAAGUAUGAGAAUCUCAAGUCCAUCACGAAUACGUUCAUCUUUAAUCUGGCUGUGUCAGACCUCCUGUUCACUGCAGGUCUGCCCUUUUUUGCCUACAAUCACAUGUAUGGAUGGACUCUAGGGGAGCCUGCGUGCAAAACAGUCAACUUCGUGUUCAUCGUGGGCUUCUACAGCAGCGGUAUCCUCCUCAUCCUGAUGACCAUCCACCGUUAUGUGGCCGUCAUGAAUCCUCUGGCAGACAUUGUGUCCACUAAAGGUUUCCACAGCGUCCUGGCAUCUGUGAUCAUUUGGGCAGUGAGUGUGUUUGCUGCCAGCCCCGCUAUCACCUUCACUGGAGUCCAGAAUAAUGAAUACUGUGAAUAUAGGAAUUCUUACUGGAGCUUAUGGGGGAUUUACCAGCAAAAUGUUCUCUUCAUUGUGAGUUCUGUAGUGUUCAUCUUUUGCUACUCUCAGAUCAUGUGCAGGUUGUUACGUCCCACAGCCCAAAGAAGAAAAAGCAAAACUCUAAAACUCAUUUUUACACUCAUGAUUGUUUUCUUUAUUUGCUGGGCACCUUAUAACAUAGUAAUAUUCAAAAAGUCAUUUAAUUAUUGGCCUCGUUCCUCCAGUUAUGAACCCAAUACGUGUGAAAAUUACAGAUUGUUGGAAUUCGCCCUAAACAUUUGUCGACUCCUUGCCUUUUCUCACUGCUGUCUUAACCCUGUGUUUUAUGUGUUUGUGGGGGUGAAGUUCAAAAACCAUUUGAAGAGAUUGUUAAAAGGCUGGAGUCACAACAACAACAACAACAACAGCAUCCGCAGCAGACAAAGCAGACAUACAAUCAUUUCAUUAACCAGUGGUGAAGAGAUGUCACUGUAACUGAUGUACACAAACUGAAAGAAAGCCAUGUAGGUGAAUGCUUAGAACUGUCAAGGGUCUAUUUGGAGUCUCCUGUUGUCAGACACUGCAAUCUAAAUGUGAACAUAAAUAAGGUAUACUAUCAGUGUGUGCCAUACAUUCACAAACCUCUAGUGGGUGUAAAGUUCCCUUGUUUAGAUUUAGUCAAUAGCCUGUAUAAUUUUUAUACAUAACACAUUUCUCUAUUGUCAGUUUAAGGCUUUUAACAAUGAAAUGAGAUGUACAUUGUUAAAUGUUUCAUUAUAGUCUAAUCAAGACCCACACACUUUGUGUACCUAAUACUGAUUCAUUUAAUUAUAUAUUUUAGAAGAGAUAAUAUAACUGCAUACUGUAUUCAGUUAUAAUGCACUGUAUUUUAUUUUCACUAAUCAUCAUGUAGUUUUCUUACAUGUCUACAUGUCAAGAAUUAAUAUAAAUGUUAUGUUACGUUACAUUAUGUUACUUUUAAAAAUUACAUGUGUAAUGUAAUAAUUAUAUUAUAUAAUAUACUGAUGGAUGUAAAAUAUCAAUUGAGUUUUGUUUUUUGUUUUUUUUAAGUUAAUCACAUGUUGUAUUCACAACAUGUCUAAUAGUCAUUUAUGGGGCAUUUCAGUCCAACAGUCAAAUCAGAGUAAGUUCAUCAGUCAUUGGUUAUGAUACUACUGUUGACCUGUGCCCUCCAUCCAAACAAUAAUAAUAAUAAUAAUAAUAAUAAUAAUAAUAAUAAUAAUAAUAAUAAUAAUAAUAAUGAUAAUAAUAAUAAUAAUAAUAAUAGGUUCGAUUCCAACACCAGUUGA